GUUGGGUGCCAGCUGUGCCGACACUCCACGCCCCAAGUCCUAGAGGGGAGGGAGAGAGCGGUGGGGGUCUUCUGGCCCUUGACCUCUGUCUGGAGACCCGCGGAGAGAGGACAGACCCCCCCCCCCGCCGCCUGUGGUGCGGUGUGCAAGUCCGGCGGGCGGCCUCAAUGCGACUUCGCGCAUCUGAACUGAACUCUUGUUCCCCGGGCAGGAUUUGCACCUGUGCUGGAGGGCUUGGAGAGACGGCACUGACUCAGCACGCUGAACUUGCUGCCUAGCCGCGAGUCACCGAUCAGGAGCCACCCACGCACCUCUUUGCUAAUGGGGUGACUGGUUUUAACCUGAGAUAGCCCAUUAGAGCUUGCUGAUCCAGUUAGUAUGACUGGACGUGUGAGUUGUUGGACACUGAUCCACUGGAAAGAGAGCUGAGGGUAGUGGCAACAGUUAAACCUUUUUUUUUUUUUAAACAAAUAUCUCCUAUCGGUAUUUAAUUUUUUUUUUAAUGAACCAAGUCCCAGAUGAGGAGAAAAUACCGCCAAUGAAAUAGUAUUACAAUGUAGAGAAAACUUUACUGACAUACCCAUUGUAGGUUCUCUUAAUUUUCUUGUGUAUAAAUGGAAUGGCAGAUACUCACAGGUAUUGGGCUGUUUAGUGUGCCAGUAUAGCAAUUACCAAAACUUUUGAUUUCCACUAACUUAGCAUGAUUAUGAGUUUUUUUUAAAGUGCCGCUUCAAAUGGACUCAUUUUAGUAAACACCAAUGCUAACUAAACACUAAUUUUGCCAUGUUAGAAGACUCGUUUUUGGAAGAAGAAAUCUGGGAAUAUAAAUCUAAAAGCCAACCAAAACCAGUACCUCCAAGUAAUGGCUCCGCAAAUAUUCCAGAAUCUGUUGGAAAAGCAACAGAGGGAAAAUACCAGUCAAAACGAAAAAGAAACAAAAAGAGAACCAUAGGAGAAAAAGAGAAAGCGAAGAAUUGCGAUAUGUGCCCGGGAGAGACAGACUGCCAGAUGCUUGCAGAUUCUAGUCAGAAUUCAAGUAGUACAGAUUGUAUUCAACAGUCCCAAGACAAAGAGACCACACCAAGAAAGCACUGUAGGACUCACAAAAGCAAGCAAGUGUCCCCAAAGAUACGUCCAGUUUAUGAGGGAUACUGUCCAAACUGCCAGAUGCCUUUUUCCUCAUUGCUAGGUCAAACCCCUCGAUGGCACGUUUUUGAAUGUUUAGAUUCGCCAACAGCCUUUGACACAGAGUGUCCUGAUGGUCUUCAAUGUACCUCAACAAUUCCUUCUCAUUAUAAGAAAUACACUCACCUUCUGCUUGCUCAAAGUAGGGCUAGCAAUGAGCCUUUUAGCAGCCCACCACCCCCGUCAGGUGGGAGUUUCAGUGCAUCUAAGCCAGACUUUUCUUAUAAACUUGAGCAAAAAUGGUCUGUGCAUCCAAAACAAAUUGAGAACUUAAAAACGGUUUCAGAUGAUUCCUUGUUGGUGACACGGCGUCUAGCAACAUCUCAGCCUCCAACUGAAAUCAAUAAAAAGAUUCCUUCUUCUCCAAAUACUCAAAUGUCGCAAGCAGCUCUACCAUUUACAGAACUUGUUAUCGAAGACAAACUGGUAGGAGUCGGUUUGCCUCUUGCCCAGGAAGAAUUAGACAGCCAAAGCAACUCACAAUGUACCGAUUUGCCGUUGCCAGAAAAUGACUUUGGCAGCUGUGAGAUAUCCUAUUCUCCCCUGCAGAGUGAUGAAGAAACUUAUGAUAUAGACGAAAAGCUGGAUGACUCACAAGAGCUAUUUUUGACCCAAAGCUCUAAAGAUGGCAGCCUAGAAGAAGAUGACGACAGCCCUGCCAUGCUUAAAGAACGCCACGGUCCUUUGCCAAAGGACCCAGAGGGAAGCAGCCCCGCAGUGGCUAGCUUCUUAGUGCAGGACAAAUGUAAGGAAUUGCGUAGGUGCAGUGCUCUCAAUGAUUCAUUUCAACUGGUCUCCCAAACAGAUGGUCUUCUGUUCUCGCUCUCAUCCAUGGGGGCAUAUGCUACUUCAGAUUAUCAGACCAGCAAAGCAAAACCUGAUGAGGCAAAGGAACUUCACUUAUCUCCAUCAAGUAAGCAGAAACAGGUAACUGAAGAAUCAGCUGUUUGCAAUCAAGUUUCUCUGCCAUUACUUAAGAGCAGUGCGUCAAAACGCUUUGAAAGGGAGGAAGAGGGCCCGCCUCCAAUGCGAAGUCAAACAAGAGAAUUACCAAGUAAGAAUGCGUGCACUAACAACAGGGCUAACUCAGCCUGUGUCUGCAGAAAGGUAUCAAAUGGUACCCCUUCCCUUGCUAAGUCUUUGAAACUAUCACCCACUGGCCCUAAACUCAGUGCCAGCCAGCCUUCUCCCAAAGUGAUGAAGCAAAUGGAUAUAGGUGUGUAUUUUGGACUGCCACCCAAAAGACAAACAGAGGAAUCGCUGGGGGAAGGGGUGAACUUAGUGCCAGUAGUAAGUCCUAAUAAAAAGAUGUCCCGGCCAGGCAAAAGGAAAGCAGAAAAAUCCUUAAGUGAUUUAGAAGUUGAUAUGAACAAUUUAAAUGAGAAUCAGCUCUCCGUGGAGCUGACUGGUAAGAGCUCGCAGCGUCAAAGAAAGAGAUGUAAAAAAUCAAACUCACCGCAGGCAGGAGCACGUCAGAGGUCAGGUCACCUUGUUAACCAUUCGGAACUGGGAACAGUCAGCUUCAGUAAAAGCAAAGUCUUCAGAAGAUCUGCUCAUGGCAGGGUGCAGAGAGGAAGCAUGCAAAAUGCAGAGUCAUCUAAUGCAGAAGAAUUCAGAAGAAAGACCUGUCCAUUCUACAAGAAAAUACCUGGGACUGGCUUUACUGUGGACGCUUUUCAGUACGGCGUCAUUGAGGGCUGCACGGCCUACUUCCUCACCCACUUCCACUCUGACCAUUAUGCCGGAUUGUCUAAAAACUUCACGUGGCCAGUUUAUUGUAGUGAGAUAACUGGCAAUCUGUUGAAGAACAAGCUUCACAUGCAAGAACAGUAUGUCCAUCAGUUGCCAAUGGACACUGAAUGCAUAGUAGAAGGUGUCAAAGUCGUUCUGCUGGAUGCCAAUCACUUCCCAAUGGUGCUGUCCUGUUGCACACCGGCGAUUUCCGAGCAGACGCCAGCAUGGAACGUUCUCUUCUUGCAGGCCAGAAAGUCCACACACUGCUUAACAGUUUCUUUGAGGUAUGUAUUUCGAUGUCACAGAUAUUGCAGCCCAGAAUAUACCUUUCCAUCUCAGCAAGAGGUUAUCCAGUUUGCCAUCAACACUGCCUUUGAGGCCGUAACUCUAAACCCACACGCUCUUGUUGUCUGUGGCACCUAUUGUAUUGGAAAAGAGAAAGUCUUCCUAGCCAUAGCUGAUGUUUUGGGCUCAAAAGUUGGCAUGUCCCAAGAAAAAUAUAAAACAUUACAGUACCUCAACAUUCCAGAAAUUAAUUCCCUCAUCACUACAGACAUGUGCAAUACUGUGGUUCACCUUCUCCCAAUGAUGCAGAUUAAUUUUAAGUGCUUACAAAGUCAUUUGAAGAAGUGUGGUGGGAAAUACAAUCAGAUUAUUGCUUUUCGACCCACGGGAUGGACGCACUCGAACAAGUUAACUAGUAUGGCAGAUGUUACUCCCCAGACCAAAGGAAGCAUUUCAAUAUAUGGGAUUCCUUACAGUGAGCACAGCAGCUACCUGGAGAUGAAACGCUUCGUCCAGUGGCUGAAGCCCCAGAAAAUCAUCCCUGUUGUAAACGUGGGCACACUGAAGUCUCGGAGAACUAUGGAGCGACACUUCAAAGAGUGGAGACUGGAAGCUGGGUACUGAUAAUGCCGUGGAGGAAUCAGUCUCCUGCAGUACCAUGGGGUGGCUUGUUCCUAUGGAAAUCUAUAGUGAUAUGAAACUUGUUUGACAUCAAGAUCACAUAGUGUUUCAUUUGUUUGAAUAAUAUAUUCGUGAUACCAUAUUCCUCUUAGCAUCGUUGAAAAUACCUGAAAAUGGUCUCCCUCAACUCCUUAACUUAACCUGUUGUUCCUUGGAGGCAGUUGUAUUCUAUAUGAAGCUUUAGGAAAGGGAAAAGAUUGAGGGUCCAAAAGAAUUCAAGAUAAUGGGAUCAACUCUAUUGAAAGCAUCAUAUAUAUACUUUUGUAACUUUAAAAUUAUGAAGAUAGGCAUGGUAGCACAUGCCUUUAUUCCCUGAACUCUGGAGGCAAAAAUAAGAGGAUUUCUAUGAGUUCCAGGCUGGCCUGGGACUAGAGUGAAUCAGCCUGGGCUAGAGUGAGACCGUGCCU